CUAAAUACCUUUUCUCAUCAGCAGUCAGAGCAGUCUUGUGACUUCUAUCAGUGUCCAGCAGAGCUUGUAGGAGUUUUCAUUCUCCCCUAUGAGGCUGCAGGACCCUUAACCCUCUGUCUGAACAGUGCUGAUUGGCCCUGUGCUGACAACAUGUAUGCACCCUCCCAAGAAAAAAAAAAAACAAAAAAAACUUUCUAGCAAUAUGCACCAAACUGAGCACGUGCAGGUUGUCCUCAAGACUCUGUUUUAUCAGGAGAUAGUUUGGGGACAGUAGUAGAAGGGGAGGCUCAAAGAAGUCAGGAUCAAACAUUCUUUUUACACAAUGCAGAGGAUGAAUCCCUUAGGCUCCACAGUGAGUAUAACAAGCAUGCUUUACUGCAUAUACAGACUGAUUUUACUGUUGCGGGUUUAG